UUCUGUGGUUAUACUCACUCCUCAUCAUCAAGCAUGAGACUCAUGGCUCUCCUUCUUCUGGCAGCUCUGGCUGGGGCCCUGGUCUGUGCCCAAGAUGCUGCCUCUGACCCUGUGGAGGCUGCUCCUGCCCAGGAGCCCACUAGUGCUGAACUUGAGAGGACAACUUCAGCGAAAACUGCUUCUCUUCCUGAGAUAGACACAGCAGCCCAGAAGACUUCGGAGGCAGCUCAGUGGCCAGCCAAGGUCCUCUCUCCGAGGCCAGGACUAAAUGUUCUGAAAGCUAUGAUAGAGAAAAGUCUCUUGCUAGCAGAGAAGGCCUUUGAAGAAGCAGAAAAACAAGUGAAUGAAAGAAUUCAAGAUGGAAAACAAAUAGCUGGAAAUGGAGCUGACAUUCUACAAGGACUGAAGAAAAAGUUUGAUCCAAAUAAUUGGUUUGAGAAGCUGAAAGAAUGGAGUCCCUGGCCUUAAUGCCUUAAACAUGUUUGUGGCCCAGAUUGAUUAAACUGAA